AUCAAAUCGAAAGUAAACCGAAGGAGGAAAUAAAAGAAAAUCACACAGGUCAGACAUAUUGUCCUCCACUGAGCCGUCUGAGACUGCAACCGACGUGUUUCUGUGUCUCUCAGCUGCAAAAAAAAAAGUCUGAUCGAUAAUCGAUAAUGUCGAAGACGUCAACCCUGAAGAUCAACAGCGCGAGCGCACUUAAGGUGGAAAACUUCCGCCAGUCGCUGUAUCAUGAGGCUGAGAAUUUGUUCUCCAACUGCAUCCCUCUGAAGAUUGUGCAGCUGGAUGCUCUGCUCAGGGAUGACGCCCUCAGUAUCACAGACAUGACCUCGCUCCAGGCUCCCCUGGACAUCCCCAUACCGGACCCUCCUCCCACAGAGGACGAGGAAAUGGAGACAGAUAAGAAUGAAGACGAUGAGAAGAAAAAGAAGAAAGCUCCAAAAUGUGGCUUCAUCAAAGGCAAUGAGAAGAUUUUAAUGCUUCUAGAGAGGGUGAAACCGGAGAUCGUUGCUCUUAGAGAGACCAUCAUCGUUGUCUCCUGCUGGAUUCAGCACCUCAUCCCCAAAAUAGAAGAUGGAAAUGACUUCGGUGUCGCCAUCCAGGAGAAAAUCUUGGAGAGAAUUGCUGCAGUGAAGACUAAAGUCGACGGUUUUCAGACCAACAUCAACAAGUAUUUUUCAGAGAGGGGAGAUGCUGUCGCAAAAGCUUCCAAAGACACUCAUGUGAUGGACUACCGCUCGCUUGUCCACGAAAAGGACGAGACCAUCUUCUCUGAGAUCAGAGUGAUCGUUCUCGACAUUCGCGGCUUCUACGCCGAGCUGUACGACAUCAUCAACAAGAAUCUGGAGAAGGUGACCAACCCGAAAGGAGAGGAGAAACCAUCCAUGUACUGAAAGCUGGAGAGGAGGAGGAGGAGGAGGAGGAACCACAGGGACAGAUUCUACAACCCCCUCUGUUGUUUUAAAGUUCACUGGGUGGAUUCAAUAUAAAUCAACUCUCUCUCUGUUCAGUCUUUUCUUAUUCUUCUCAAAAACAUAGAACACAACUGGAUCCAGGUUUUAUCACUGCUGUGGUGCGACGACACUUCGUACCGACACUUGCACUAAAUUUAAAAGUUGUACAACUAUGAGUUUAGAAAAAAAAAAUACAAAUAAAGAAGGUUUUUUUUUUCAAA